GCAUGCUUAGCGCGCGUCUUCGCGCGCUUUUUUCGUCGCCAUUUUUGUUUUGUCUAUAACUUUUAACUGUUGUAUGACAAAUACUAAUUUUAGUCAAAACUAUUUCAUAAAAAGCGAAAUGUAGUUGUUACUUUUAUUGUAAUUAAGUAGUAUGAAGAUUUCAAUAGCAAGAACUAAAUAACAUCUGCAGUAUUUACAAAUGGUUGUAAAUAUGAUGGUAUAUUUAGAAAUAAAUAAUAAUUGUGAUAUGUAUGUGAGUGGCAGAACAUUAUCUAUCAGGAGUAGUAAAUUGUUAUGCGUAUGCAAUAUUGUGUAUGCGGGUCUGCUAGUGCUUUUUGUGCCAUCAGUGUUUUGUGAUAGAGAUAUAUUCCAAAAACUUUCUUACGAAGACAUCUUCAACAACACGAAAUAUGCCCAGCUCAGUCAUCGACCGCGGCCAUACGAUCUCCAAGACUUCAGUAACCAUAUCUCCUACAGCGCAGAGAGGGAGAACUCUUUAGAAACAUACAGAGAAGGAGACGAGAGCCAGAGUCAGCUUUUGGUGGGGUUCUCGCGAGACCCUUUUAGACAUUCAGUACCAGAAGAACAGUUUUCAAAUGGGUUUCGGCUCGCAAACACCCAGCCCAGCCGGAAAGAGAACCGUGGCAAGCGCGGUGUCUUCCACCUCUACAACAUGAUCUACUGCGCCACUGGGUGCGAGCCCCUCAUCUAUAAGGGCUACGGCUGCUACUGCGGCUUCCUCGGCUCUGGGAGGCCUACCGAUGGCAUCGAUAGAUGCUGCAAGAUGCACGACGAAUGCUACGAGAAUCUCUUCUGCCCCUUCUUCACUGUCUACUUCCAGCCUUACUACUGGAAGUGCUACAGGAACCAGCCUUUGUGUGCGCGAGAGAACUACCACACUGUGAACCAAUUAAUCAAUGGCUGUGCAGCGAAACUGUGCGAAUGCGACAGAAAACUCGCCAUGUGCUUGCAGAACUACUCCUGUCCAAAAAGACGAGCCCUAUGUACCUCAUCGCCCUUGAGACUACUGCAGAACCUUUUGAUACUUUGAAAUAACUCUUCUUCUUCUUCGUCGAGUCGACCGUUCUAAAUGCAACUUGUAACAUUAAUGUUGCUAGCUUAAUUUUUUUUGGAACGGAACCCCUGCCACGACCAGCGCACCUUCUGUACCUUUCAUAAAAUCUCCCAAGGUGCACGAAUCUGGGCAAGAUUCAAGGACAUUCAAGUAAGUGAGGCUAACUAAUACUUAAUACUUGCCUAUGCUUCUUUUUAGUUUCAUUAUUU